UAAGUGGGCGGCGGCGCUGCCGAGGUGACAGCUGGCUGGAGAGGUGGAGCCAGGGAAUGGGUGGGGAGGGGGAGGGCCGGGCUGGCCAGAGCUCGGGGCAGAGACGCACCCCAGGAGCUGGCCGUCUACAUCCCGCAAGCACCAGCCGCGCUGCCGAGCUAUGAGCCGGAGGAGUCGUUUGCUCCGGUUCCCGCUGCUCCUGCUGCUGCUGCUGCUGCAGCCGCCCCAGGUCCUGCCCGCGGAUUCCCGGGCCCCCGCGCCGGUGAAUCCAUGCUGUUACUACCCAUGCCAACACCAGGGGAUCUGUGUCCGCUUCGGCCUUGACCGCUACCAGUGUGACUGCACCCGCACGGGAUAUUCUGGCCCCAACUGCACCAUCCCCGAGCUAUGGACCUGGCUCCGGAAUUCACUGCGACCCAGCCCCGCUUUCCUCCACUUCCUGCUGACACAUGGGCGCUGGUUCUGGGAGUUUGUCAAUGCCAGUUUCAUCCGAGACAUGCUCAUGCGCCUGGUACUCACAGUGCGUUCCAACCUUAUCCCCAGCCCUCCCACCUACAACAUAGCAUAUGACUACAUCAGCUGGGAGUCCUUCUCCAACGUGAGCUAUUAUACUCGUAUUCUGCCCUCCGUGCCCCAAGACUGCCCCACGCCCAUGGGAACCAAAGGGAAGAAGCAGUUGCCAGAUGCCCAGAUUCUGGGCCAUCGCUUCCUGCUCAGGAGGAAGUUCAUACCUGACCCCCAAGGAACCAACCUCAUGUUCGCCUUCUUUGCACAACACUUCACCCACCAGUUCUUCAAAACUUCUGGCAAGAUGGGUCCUGGCUUCACCAAGGCCUUGGGACACGGGGUAGAUCUCGGCCACAUUUAUGGGGACAACCUGGAACGUCAGUAUCAGCUGCGGCUCUUUAAGGAUGGGAAACUCAAAUACCAGGUGCUGCACGGAGAGAUGUACCCGCCAUCGGUGGAGGAGGCGCCGGUGUUGAUGCACUACCCACGAAACAUUCCACCCCAGAGCCAGAUGGCUGUGGGUCAGGAGGUGUUUGGGCUGCUUCCCGGGCUCAUGCUCUAUGCCACGCUCUGGCUGCGUGAGCACAACCGCGUGUGUGACCUGCUGAAGGCUGAGCACCCCACCUGGGGUGAUGAGCAACUCUUCCAGACGGCCCGCCUCAUCCUUAUCGGGGAGACCAUCAAGAUUGUGAUUGAGGAGUAUGUGCAGCAGUUGAGCGGUUACUUCCUGCAGCUGAAGUUUGACCCGGAGCUGCUGUUCGGCGUCCAGUUCCAGUACCGAAACCGCAUUGCCAUGGAGUUCAACCAGCUGUACCACUGGCACCCGCUCAUGCCUGACUCCUUCAAGGUGGGCUCCCGGGAGUACAGCUACGAGCAGUUCCUGUUCAACACCUCCAUGCUGGUGGACUAUGGGGUCGAGGCCCUGGUGGACGCCUUCUCUCGCCAGAGCGCUGGCCGGAUUGGUGGGGGUAGGAACAUGGACCACCAUGUCUUGCAUGUGGCUGUCGAUGUCAUCAAGGAAUCCCGUGAGCUGCGGCUGCAGCCCUUCAAUGAAUACCGCAAGAGGUUCGGCCUGAGACCCUACACGUCCUUUCAGGAGCUCACAGGAGAGAAGGAGAUGGCAGCUGAGUUGGAGGAGCUGUAUGGAGACAUCGAUGCCUUGGAGUUCUUCCCAGGGCUGCUUCUGGAGAAGUGCCAUCCAAAUUCCAUCUUUGGGGAGAGUAUGAUAGAAAUUGGGGCCCCCUUUUCUCUCAAGGGCCUCCUAGGGAAUCCCAUCUGUUCUCCAGAGUAUUGGAAGCCAAGCACAUUUGGUGGUGAGAUGGGCUUCAAUAUGGUCAAGACAGCCACGCUGAAGAAGUUGGUCUGCCUCAACACCAAGACUUGUCCCUAUGUUUCCUUCCAUGUGCCCGACCCCCGCCAGGAUGAUGGGCCUGGUGUGGAGCGGCCAUCUACAGAGCUCUGAGGGUGGAGAGCAGCAGCACUCUUGGGGGGUGGACUUUGUGCUGGUCAUCCCAGAAAGUUGAGGUCAGGGUUGUUGAAAGUCUUAAACGUUGGGUAUCUGGUUUGGCAUUGAGAGUAUCAAGGUCAACAUUUAGAACUUUGUGUCUGUCACCCAUUAUCUGGAAUAUUGUGGUCUUGUUUGUUAUUCUAAAUGCUGAAUUAUUGAUUGACCAUCCAGAAUGUUAGGAGCGAUUCUUAUUUGGCAUCCCAGAACACCGGGUUCCUGGUUGAUGACCUAGAAUGUCAGAUUUCUGGUUGAAUUGGAACAUAGGCAUUCUGAAAUGUGGAGCUCCUGAUGAAAUCGUCUAGCAAGUUAGGGAUUCUCAUUUUGCAUUCUAGAAUUCUGGGUGGCCCUCCAGAAUGUUGAUUUUCCAAAUGGCAAUUCAGAAUGUUGUGCUCCUGGUUCCUAAUCCAGAAUGGUGACUGGUGUGCCAGAUCAGUCUUGAUCUGAAUAUCUAGAAUGGUGAUUUGAUUCAUUUUCCUGUUCGGUAAGAUAUCCACAGAGCAGGAGAAUCUAUGGUCUAAGGUCUAACAAGAAUGCAUUUCCCAACUCUGUGCCUGCACUGAGGGGGCAAGGAAGUAGGGUGUUCUUAGGACCCCAACUUAGACCCUGGUCCAAGGAGGGAGAACAGGUGGGCUCUUUCCAGGCCAUUGGUUGGAAGCCACCAGAGUUCUAUCGCCAUCCAUGUCUUGAUUCAUGGAAGCUGUUUCUCAUGAAGCUAAUAAAAUUCUUUUUCCAAAUUG